CGCCCGCCUUGUCGCAGUUCCCACUAUUGCAGUGAAUACGGUAAAGACUAAAUAGAAAACGGAGCCCGUCAGCUGAUUGCUGUCUAAAAGACGGAAAGAUGGCGGCAGAAAUACAUUCCAGGGCGCAAAGCAGCCGCCCGGUGCUGUUGAACAAAAUUGAAGGGCACCUGGACACGGUGAACGCCGCGAUCCUGCUGCCGAAGGAGGACGGGGUGAUCACAGUGGGCGAGGACAGGACAAUCCGUGUGUGGUUGAAACGAGACAGUGGUCAGUACUGGCCAAGCAUCUAUCACACAGUAUCAGCGCCCUGCACUGCCGUUUCCUACAAUCCUGAUAAUAAACGGAUUUUUAUAGGUCAAGACAAUGGAGCAAUUGUGGAAUUCCUCAUGGCUGAAGAUUUCAAUAAAAUGACUUAUGUAAAGACUUACCCAGCACACCAACAUCGUGUUUCGGCGAUCAUGUUUUCUCCAGAGAAUGAAUGGGUUAUAAGCACAGGACAUGACAAAUACCUCAGCUGGAUGUGUACCAAAAGUGGAUGUUUGCAGGGCCGACACUGCUUUAGUGCAUGGGCUUCAUGCCUACAAUAUGACGGAGAAACAAGCCAUGCAUUUGUGGGUGAUAGCUCCGGGCAGAUCACAUUACUGAAGCUUGAACAGAAUACUUGCAGUGUCAUUUCAACAUUAAAAGGACAUGAAGGUGGCAUCGCGGCCCUUUGGUGGGAUCCUCUCCAGCGACUGCUGUUUUCUGGAGCAUCUGACAACAGUAUUAUUAUGUGGGACAUUGGUGGGAGAAAAGGCAGGACUUUACUUCUUCAGGGUCAUCACGACAAAGUACAAUCUCUGUGCUACCUGCACCAAUCGCGGCAGCUGAUAUCCUGUGCAGCUGAUGGGGGAAUUGUGGUUUGGAACAUGGAUGCCCAAAGAACAGAGGCUCCACAAUGGCAGGAAAGUGAUUCCUGCCAAAACUGCAAGCAGCCCUUCUUCUGGAACUUCAAACAGAUGUGGGACACCAAGUGCCUUGGUCUACGACAGCAUCACUGCAGAAAAUGUGGGAAUGCGAUAUGUGGGAAGUGCAGUACAAAGCGUACCAGCUAUCCCGUGAUGGGCUUUGAGUUUCAGGUCCGGGUCUGUGACGACUGCUUCAACACCGUCAAGGAUGAAGAUCAAACUUCUCUGGCAACGUUCCAUGAAGGCAAACACAACAUUGUACAUAUGAAUCUGGACAGCGCAAGAGGAUUAAUGGUAACAUGUGGAAACGAUCGCAUUGUGAAGAUCUGGGACAUGACACCUGUUAUCGGCUGCAGUAUGGCAACGGGAUUUUCUUCCCAUUGACUUCCAGUCUCCACAACAAUGCGCCUUUUACCUAAACAGUCUGGCCAGUUCUGCCCACUUGUUACCGACCGAGGAGACAGUGCGAUAAAAGCUGAUCAGACGUUCCGGUGAUAAACUUCUACUCUGCUGAGACGUCUGGACAUUCACUUAGUAAACAUUGAGUCCAAUGCCAUAAGCACAGGAAAAAAAACUCUACAACUAAAAAUCUAAACCUAUCUUUUCUGAUGAAAGAACUGUAAAAUAGUACUGAUAUUACAUAUGGUAUAUUCUAUAUUUAUUCAGUCCCAGGCCUAACCUGAUUUAAUAAAUGUCAAUAACGAAUCAAGAUUGUGGAAGAUAAUUUUUAGAUAUGAAAUGUGUGAUUUAUCUUGGUCAGAGUGCAAUUUUGAAAUGAGUAAAUUGGUGAUUCUGGCUGUUUGCAGUGCAAUCAUUUUCAAAGUUGACUUAGUUCUACAAGACAGGUUUCUGUCGUAUGCAGUUUGUGAUCAGAUAGGAGGCACUUUAUAGGGAAUUCAGGCUGCAUUUUUUUUUAAUCAACUGUGGAAAUGUUUAGGUGUACAGGAAAAAGAUGGUCCAACAGCCAAUUUCUUUCCAAAGGUGGUAAGUCAAGAGCACUGUUUUUCUUCCAUGCUUGCAAAUUAAGUAAAUUAUUUUGUUAAGUACAUUAUUUAAGCACAAUUUGAUAGAAGGGUGAAAGAAUCCUAGCACUAUUACAAUCACUUCUUUGAGUGUUCAGUGGAGACAGAUUACUUGCCAUUUUCACGGACUUGAGGUCUUGUUGCAUUUUGCAGAGUAGAUUUUGAAAUUGAACUUCCACACAGUUUGUUGUGUAUUUAAUUAUCUCUUAGCUAUAUUUGGCUUGUUCAGAUUAAAGUAGUAGUUAGUCUUAUUUUAUACAGAUUAUAGUUUAGAGAUUACAGAUAGAGCGCAUACUGCUUUGAUUUGGGCCACUCUGUUAAGACCUUUGAUGGCACCGAUGAGCAACUGUUUUGUGAGUGUAGAUGUUUGCUACAACUUCCUGGGCCUGGCUUUUCAUUACCAAUUUUGGACUGAGAUAUUUUGCAGAAAACACCAGAAUGGUGAACAACGUACUUCCUUUUUUUUUACAUAUCUAAUUAUUCGAUGCAAAUGAUAGGUAAUUUUGUUAACUGUAUAUUUCCAACAGUCAUUCAAAUAAGAAGUUAACUUUUGGUUAUGUCUGAUGUUUUUAUUGUUAAUACAGCCACACAGCCUGGUCGAAAUAUUCAUCAGAUUAAUUUUAAGAAACAAGAUAAAAAGGUGUUAAAUUACCUUAAAAUGCAACUGUAGUGUGAUAAAUUCUCGUGUUGAGUGUAAGAACUGGUCAUGUACUUUAAAAUAAAAUGAAACAGCAUCUAUGAUAUUUUUCACGUCA